UUGGAAAUCCAGAGACAAAAAUUUCUCAGCUUGGUUUUAAAUAAUUAAUUACUCAACGCCUCCAACAAUGACUGUGGAUGAUUCUUUCAAGAAGCCUGGAGCUGUACCGUUCAAAUGGGAGGUGAAACCUGGAGUCCCCAGAGCUCCGCAAAACCACGCUCACCAGAAACCCAAGCCACUUUCGCAGUCGAGGGCUCAGUCAUUCGACCAUCGCCGAUCAUCGGAACUGAAUUCAUCUCAGUUGAAGCCGCCACCGGCCGGGUACUACAUGUUUUCUCCGGUGGAGCCCCGGCCCAGGUCCUUCCGGUCCAGUCCACGGAUUCGGUCUGAGCGGUGGCGGUUUGAAAGGCCCCUCCUGGCCCGACCCGAGAGUGUGUCGACCGGCUGUUUCUUGUCGCCUUUGCUUAGGCGAAUGACAAGCAGGAAGAAGCUUCAAAGGCCCGCGGUAAAGUCGGAUUACACAUCGGACGUCGAGACACUAGCUCGGUGGUCCUUGUCGUCCAGCAAAUCUCUCUCGCCAUUCCACGACUCAACGACGUCUAGCUCGUCGUCUCGGUCAAACGUGUCAUCUCCGCGACCCGGGAGCGAUUCGGAAUGGGCCUGGGCCGGAUAUGGUCUUUUCUGAUGAACUCCCGUGACUCCCAAACUCUAUGCUACCUUUCGGCGUCAUUUUGGGAUAAAGCUUUGCUGGUGCGUUAAUUUAAGAAAAAUGAAAAAGGGGUGGGGGGGGGUGUUGGGAAGCAGAGACGGAUCCAAGGGAGGCAAGGAGGGGUGCUUGGAUGCUUUUUUGUAAAAAUUGUCAGUCUUGUUUGUAAAAAUUUCAAAUCUAGAUUCUCAUUUAAUGUUUUAUUUUUA